CAACGGGACAAAAGGGAACUAAUAAGAUAGUGCAGUCGAAAGAAAGUUACUUGCGCCAAUUUUGGGGAAAAAUUUGUCACCCACACCCACCUGAAGGAAAUUGUUAAAAUCCUCGUCUGUUAGAUCUUGUAAAGUUGUCUUCAGAAGUACUCUUAGCUAAGAGCCUAAAGUUGUUGAAAAUGGGUUCCACGUCGUCAUUAAACUUCUAUUUCAAGAAUCCGUAGAAGCAAAUACUUCGAUCUUUUCCUCCAUAUUCUUCAGAUAUCAAUCGCUGCUCAACGAAUUUUCAUUUUCAUUGGAAUCGUAACGCUCAGUGGAGGUAGAUUUCCAUGGCUGUUCCCGUUGAAGAAGCAAUUGCUGCUCUUUCGACAUUUUCAUUGGAGGAUGAUCAACCAGAGGUGCAAGGCCCAGCGUUAUGGGUUUCAUCUGAAAGAGGUGCAACAAUUAGUCCAAUAGAGUACAGCGAUGUCCAUGCAUAUCGGCUGUCUUUAUCUGAGGACACAAAGGCACUAAAUCAACUGAAUACUCUUAUCCAAGAAGGCAGGGAAAUGGUAUCAGUCCUCUAUGCAUACAGGAGUUGUGUCAAAGCACUUCCUCAGCUUCCAGAUUCUAUGAAGCAAAGCCAGGCUGAUUUGUAUCUAGAAACUUAUCAAGUACUGGACUUGGAAAUGAGUCGGCUUCGUGAGAUACAAAGAUGGCAAGCAUCAGCUGCAGCUAAAUUAGCAGCAGAUAUGCAACGGUUUUCCAGACCUGAAAGACGCAUCAAUGGGCCCACUGUAACUCAUCUUUGGUCCAUGUUGAAAUUACUUGAUGUUUUGGUUCAACUUGAUCAUCUCAAAAAUGCAAAAGCCAGCAUACCUAAUGAUUUCUCUUGGUAUAAAAGGACAUUUACUCAAGUCAGUAUUCAGUGGCAAGACACGGAUUCAAUGAGAGAGGAGUUAGAUGAUCUACAGAUUUUCUUGAGCACAAGGUGGGCCAUACUGUUGAACCUGCAUGUUGAGAUGUUUCGUGUAAACAAUGUGGAAGACAUUCUCCAAGUUCUGAUUGUGUAUGCAGCUGAAUGCCUGGAGUUGGAUUUUGCACUUCUUUUCCCUGAAAGACAUGUGCUUCUUCGCAUUCUCCCUGUUCUUGUUGUCUUAGCAACAUCAUCAGAAAAAGACAGCGAGUCACUGAACAAGAGGGUGAAAAUGAACAGACUCAUUACUAUUUUUAAGAAUGAUCCAGUGAUACCUGCAUUCCCAGAUCUUCAUCUUUCACCAGCUGCAAUCUUGAAGGAGCUCUCUAUGUACUUCCCAAAAUUCUCUGCACAAACCCGCUUGCUAAGUCUUCCGGCCCCACAUGAGCUUCCACCCCGUGAACGACAUUAUUUGAUCAUUAAUCACAUUGGAGCCAUUCGUUCUGAGCAUGAUGACUUCACUAUCCGUUUUGCUUCUGCUAUGAACCAGCUAGCACUAUUGAAAACAAUAGAUAGUGCAGAUAUUGAAUGGUCAAAGGAAGUCAAAGGUUGUAUGUACGAUAUGGUUGUUGAAGGUUUUCAGCUUUUAAGCCGAUGGAGUGCACGCAUUUGGGAGCAAUGUGCAUGGAAAUUCUCACGCCCCUGCAAGGACUUUGCCCCUAAUUCAGAGUCACUUGAAACCACAUCACCAGUUUCUGAUUAUGAAAAGGUGGUUCGGUUUAAUUACAGUGCGGAUGAAAGGAAAGCUUUGGUUGAAGUUGUUAGCUACAUUAAAAGCAUUGGAUCAAUGAUGCAGAGGUGUGACACAUUAGUAGCAGAUGCUUUAUGGGAAACUGUCCAUUCUGAGGUUCAAGAUUUUGUACAGAACACAUUGGCAACCAUGUUACGGACCACAUUCCGGAAGAAAAAAGACCUUUGUAGGAUACUAUCUGAUAUGCGGACCCUAUCAGCAGACUGGAUGGCUAACACCAGCAGGACUGAUUCUGAGUUGCAAACAUCACAACAUGGAGGUGAAGAAAACAAAGGAAGCUUCUUUUAUCCAAGGGCAGUUGCACCUACUGCAGCACAGGUACAUUGCCUGCAAUUUUUGAUAUAUGAGGUGGUAUCUGGUGGUAAUAUGAGGAAGCCAGGUGGUCUUUUUGGGAAUAGCAGCUCUGAGAUUCCUGCAAAUGAUUUAAAACAAUUGGAAACCUUUUUCUACAAGCUUAGUUUCUUCCUGCACAUACUAGACUAUUCAGUUACGGUUGCAACGUUGACAGAUCUUGGUUUCUUAUGGUUUAGAGAAUUUUAUUUGGAAUCUUCACGUGUCAUUCAAUUUCCUAUUGAUUGCUCCCUUCCUUGGAUGUUGGUGGAUCAUGUACUGGAGUCACAAAAUGGUGGUCUUCUUGAAAGUGUUCUGAUGCCAUUUGACAUAUACAAUGAUUCUGCUCAACAUGCCUUGGUUGUGCUCAAGCAACGCUUUCUCUAUGAUGAGAUCGAAGCUGAGGUGGAUAAUUGUUUUGAUAUAUUUGUCUCGAGGUUGUGCGAAACUAUAUUCACACAUUAUAAAAGUUGGGCUGCUAGUGAGCUUCUUGAUCCUUCAUUCCUUUUCACAUUGGAUAAUGGAGAAAAGUUCUCUGUCCGCCCAAUGCGAUUCACUGCCCUACUCAACAUGAAAAGAGUCAAGUUACUUGGAAGAACAAUCAACUUGAGGAGCUUGAUAUCUGAGAGGAUGAACAAAUUAUUUAGAGACAACCUUGAAUUUUUGUUUGAUCGUUUUGAAUCCCAGGACUUGUGUGCUAUCGUUGAGUUGGAGAAGCUUCUGGAAAUCUUAAAAAUGAGUCAUGAAUUCUUGUCGCGUGAUCUCACUAUAGAUUCAUUCAGUAUAAUGCUAAGUGAGAUGAUGGAAAACGUCUCUCUUGUUUCUUACUCAAGUCGACUUGCUUCUCAGAUAUGGACAGAAAUGCAAAAUGAUUUCCUGCCAAAUUUCAUCCUAUGUAACACAACUCAACGUUUUGUCCGAUCGUCAAAAGUCCCUUCUGCCCCUGUUCAGAAACCAUCAGUUCCAUAUGCCAAACCUAACUUCUAUUGUGGAACUCAAGAAUUAAACAAUGCUCAUCAAAGCUUUGCUAAAUUGCAUAGUGGGUUCUUUGGGCUACCUCACAUGUUCUCAAUUGUACGACUUUUGGGUUCUAGAUCAUUGCCAUGGCUUAUUCGUGCACUACUGGAUCAUAUAUCAACCAAGAUAACAAACCUAGAACCAAUGGUAACCGGAUUACAAGAAACAUUGCCCAAAUCCAUUGGUUUACUCCCUUUUGAUGGUGGCGUUACAGGCUGUAUGAGGCUUGUGAAAGAACUUCUUAAGUGGCAGUCAAAAACAGAACUUAAAGCAGAGAUUCUACAUGGGAUUAAGGAGGUUGGAAGUGCAUUAUAUUGGAUGGGCCUGCUUGAUAUAGUUUUGAGAGAAACUGACACAACACAAUUCAUGCAAGUGGCCUCAUGGUUAGGCUUAAUACCUGGUGCAGAUGGUCAAAUACUUCAAACUCAAGAAGACAGAAAUACCCCUGUUGUUACUCUGUUCAAGUCAGCUACUGCUGCCAUUGUAUCCAGCAACCCCGUAAACCCCACACCCUUGUACACAAUGUCAAAACAAGCUGAAGCUGCUGAUUUAUUGUACAAGGCCAACUUAAAUACCGGAAGUGUCCUUGAGUAUGCCCUUGCUUUUACCAGUGCUGCACUUGAUAAAUAUUGUGUCAAAUGGAGUGCUGCACCAAAGACUGGCUUCAUCGACAUCACCACAUCAAAGGAUUUUUACCGUAUAUUUAGCGGUCUCCAAAUUGAAUAUCUGGAAGAUUCUAUGCAAAACAAGCAUGAAAUGCUGGGCGAUUCAGUUGCAUGGGGUGGUUGCACGAUAAUCUACUUGCUUGGUCAACAGCUCCAUUUUGAGCUGUUUGACUUUUCGUAUCAAGUCCUUAAUAUUGCUGAAGUUGACAAUGCAGCAGCAACUGGACCUUCAAAUAAGAGUCCACAGUUUUCUCAGGGGUGGGAAGGGCUAAUAGAAGCUAUGAAGAAAGCAAGACGGUUAAACAACCAUGUGUUUUCAAUGUUGAAGGCACGGUGUCCUCUUGAAGACAAGCAAGCCUGUGCUAUCAAGCAAAGUGGGGCCCCUCUUCACCGCAUCAAAUUCGAAAACACAGUCUCUGCCUUUGAAACUCUCCCACAGAAAUGUUCUUGACAAUUAUUUGUAAAUCUCCUUGUUUUCUUUCAUAUUUCUUGUUGAGUAGUGUUUGCUUUUUGUUUGUUGUGAUAACUAAGGGUUGUACUCCUCCUGGAAAUUUGAAAAAGAUUAAAUGCGAAAAAAUACCCAUGUUAUGGAACUUGAUUAAACUAAUGAUUGGAGGGAGAAUUGUGGGGUUGGGCUGAA